AGGACUGAACAUGAGCGCCAAGAAGUGUGCUCGUGAAGAGUGUGGGAAGACCGUUUAUCCUUUAGAAGAGCUCAAGUGUUUAGAUAAGGUUUGGCACAAACAAUGUUUCAAGUGCACUGUAUGUGGAAUGACCUUGAACAUGAAGAACUAUAAAGGUUAUGAUAAAAUGCCGUACUGUGAACCACAUUACCCAAAAACAGUCGCCUCCGUGGUCACAGAUACCCCUGAAAUGCGACGGGUUGCAGAAAAUACGAAAAAUCAAAGCCAGGUGCAAUAUCAUGCUGCUUACGAGAAAUCGAAAGGCACAAAAAUCGAAGUUGCUGAUGAUCCCGAAAUGGAGCGACACCGAAAGAAUAUGCAGGCACAGUCACAGGUUGCUUAUACUGGUGAGCUAGAUAAGCGGAAGAAGAUGGAAGAAGUGCGCCCAAAUUUUGUACAAGCUGAGGAUUCCGGACUUGGCAGGGUUGUUUGCUCUCCUCUACCAAACAAUGAUCUUAUCAAUUCGAACAUCGGAGUGCCUAAUGCUUCACCGCUUGGAAAUCUGUCGACGUUAGUCUACUCAUCAGAUAAUCUCACCGCAGCGCAACAGCCACAUCAACAGCGAGUCGUAGGCAGCAUCGCAGACUAUGACCCGCUGAAUGGAAGGUGGGGUACUGUGGCUAAGUCCCAAAACAGUGACAAAAUCAAGGAACUCGGCAAUCGCACCGUCGGUGGCGUUCCGAAGGCAGCGGUAUCGCCAAGUGGAGCUGCCGGGUUUGCAGUGAAGGCAAUUUACGAUUACACCGCUGCUGACAAGGAUGAAGUUUCGUUCAUGGAAGGAGACGUGAUAGUGAACUGUGAGAAGGUCGACGACGGCUGGAUGACUGGUACUGUGCAGCGCACUUUACAAUGGGGAAUGCUUCCAGCAAACUACGUACAACCUUAUAAACUGCCGACUGGACUUGGAAGGAUCAAUCUGCAUCAUAAGAACGGCAAUCUGUCGUAG